GAGGUGUGUAUCAAGCUCUGUUUCUCAUUCUCAACAACAACAAAUCUUGCAAAGCGAGUGGUGGGCACUCACAAUGGCAAGUUUCACUGUGAUGAAGCUUUAGCUUGCUUCCUCAUUCGCUUAACAGACAAGUUCUCCAAUGCCCAUAUAAUCCGGUCAAGAGAUCCCCACGUAUUGGAGACACUUGAUGCUUUGCUUGAUGUUGGAGGGGUAUAUGAUCCAAGUAGAGAUCGUUAUGAUCAUCACCAGAAAGGAUUUCAUGAAGUUUUUGGCCAUGGCUUCAUUACUAAACUAAGCAGUGCGGGCCUAGUUUACAAGCAUUACGGGGCAGAGAUAAUAGCAAAGGAGCUUCAGCUAAAUGAAGGGCAUCAAGAUGUGCAUGAGUUAUUUCUAGCAGUGUAUAAAAACUUUGUGGAGGCAAUUGAUGCUGCUGAUAAUGGAAUUAAUCAAUAUGACAUAGAUCAACCUCCUAAAUACAUUAAUAACACAAGCUUAUCACAGAGAGCAGAGAGGUUAAACCUGGACUGGGUUGAUCCUAGUCAAUCCUCUGAGAGAGAGGAUGAAGCCUUUCAACACGCAAUGAAAGUUGCUGGAACUGAAUUUAUGGAGAAUAUUAAUUUUCAUGCAAAAUCGUGGCUACCAGCUCGAUCAAUUGUCAUGGAGUGCCUUGCAUCAAGAGAAGAUAUUGAUCACAGUGGAGAAAUCAUGGUGCUGACAAGAUCAUGCCCUUGGAAGCUCCACAUAUUUGAACUCGAGGAAAAAAUGAAGAUCAAUCCUUCCAUCAAAUAUGUUAUUUACCAGGAUGAUAGGAGUGAAAACUGGCGUAUACAGGCAGUGGCAGUGUCCCCUGAUAAGUUUGAGAGCCGGAAACCUCUACCAUUACCUUGGAGAGGUUUGGUAGAUGACGAGCUCUCCAAGGCAACAGGGAUCCCUGGCUGUGUGUUUGUUCACAUGAGUGGAUUCAUAGGUGGAAAUCGAAGUUAUGAAGGUGCUCUUGCUAUGGCUAGAGCUUCUUUAAAGGCUUGACCAAAUAGGAAUUUUAUCAGUGGAGAUAACUAUGUUCACAUUCUCGAAUCAUUAAGUGCUGCAGUCCUCUGCACCUGUGAUUAGUGUUACGAAGAAUUGAGUUGGUUAUUGAACUGGCACAUGCCAAACAUGGUUGUUUGGACAAUUGUUGGAACCAUACAUGGUGCAUUUUAUAGGGCGUGCAUCUGGUUUUUUAAAUCAGCACAUAUAGAUAAUGCCACACCUCUCCUUUAUUUUUAA